AUGCAGGUCUAUACUCAUGCACCUUUUAAUCCUAUGGACCUGGCCGCUUUCAAAGCACAGGCUGGAGAAUUUUCUAUCAACCCCAGCAAGUUUGUAUCGGUUUUUGAGGGAUAUCUUAGCAGUUACAAGCCAGACUGGGAUGACUGUAAUGUCCUUCUGCGAACAUUAUUGACUGAGGUUGAACGAGAACAGGUCAUAGCUAAAGCAAGGGAGGAAGCAAAGAGGCGAUAUGACCAGGACUGUAACAAUAUCCCGACCCCAGAUGAUCAGGUUCCUAUAAAGGAUCCUAGGUGGGACCCAAAUGACAAUCAGGCUAUGACCCACCUCACCUCCUAUAAGGAGCUGCUACUGUAUGGACUCCGUCAUGCAGCUGUCAGACAGAAUAAUUGGACUGAACAAUAUAAGGUAGUGCAGGAUCCAAAGGAAAGCCCUGGAGCCUUUUUACAGCGCAUUCGAGACCCGAUCCGACAGUAUACCAAUGCAGAUCCUAAUGAUCCGCAAACUGAGGCAAUUAUUAAAGGAGUAUUUACAAGCAGGGCAGCCCCCGACAUUAAGAGAAAGCUACAGAAAAAGGAGGAUUUGAUGGGUAUGACCAUGGCACAGAUUUUAGAAGCAGCAAAUCGAGUGUAUAGUUUAAGAGAAGUGGAGAAGGAGAAGAAGCAAGUGAGAUUGAUGGUAGCGGCGGUGCAGGCAGGCAUGAAGGGAAGUGAACGAAAAGGAAGGGGCCGUGGACGCGGACGUCCAGGCCUGCGGGAGAGACGACUGGGGCGCAAUCAGUGUGCCCUGUGUCGGCACGAGGGACAUUGGAAGAAUGAGUGCCCAAACAAGAAGGAAAGGGAGGCCACCGUGAGUCUCCUGAAUUUUGUGGGACUCCGAGGAUAUCGGGUAGCACGAAGUAAGGCUCAGAUUGCUGUCCUGCAGGUACAGUACCUCAGGUUCUACAUACGGCAGGGGGAACGCCAGCUUUCAAAUGAGAGGAAGGAAGCCAUAUGCCAAGUUCCUAUCCUGAGUAAUCGCAAGCGGCUCAGAGCAUUUCUGGGGAUGGCAGGCUUCUGUAGGAUAUGGAUUCCAGAGUUUGGACUAUGGGCUAGACCCCUGUACGACUGUGUAAAAGGAGCAGACCAUGACCCCUUUCACUGGACCCCAGAGGCUGACAGGGCAUUUCAAAUCCUGAAAAGAAAGCUGAUGGAAGCCCCGGCUCUAGGUCUGCCAGAUCUCUCCAAGCCGUUUCAGUUGUAUGUACAUGAACGAAAGGGGGUGGCCCUGGGAGUACUCACACAGCUGCUAGGAGCAUGGAAACGUCCGGUGGCAUAUUUUUCUAAACAACUGGACCAAGUAGCCAAGGGCUGGCCAGCGUGCCUGCAGGCAGUGGCAGCCACCGCCCUGACCCUGGCAGAAGCAGAGAAACUGACACUAGGGGGAACAAUACAGGUUUUUACACCACACAUGGUACGCGCUUUACUGGAUGUUAAGGGCGGCCUCUGGCUCACACAAGCGCGUAUGGCAAGAUACCAAGCAAAGCUCUUAGAGAACCUUGAGGUCACACUGCAUCCUUGUCCAUCCAGCCUUAACCCUGCCACCCUCUUACCAGAAACUGAGAAACAGGAACAUGACUGUUUGGAGAUCAUAGAUGCCCAAUAUUCUAGCCGCCCGGGCUUGAAGGAUGUGCCCCUCCCAAAUGCAGAUUAUGAGUGGUACACUGAUGGCAGCAGCAUGGUGAUAAAUGGGCAAAGAAGGGCAGGUUAUGCCAUUGUGACCCUCCAUGACACCAUGGAAGCUGAAAGUUUGCCUGCUGGGACCUCUGCCCAGUUGGCUGAGCUAGUGGCCCUGACCUGUGCACUCGAACUGUCCUAAGGAAAACGGGUCAAUAUUUUCACUGAUUCCAAAUAUGCUUUUGGUGUGCUGCAUGCUCCUGCUGGCCUGUGGAAGCAGAGGAGAACGCUGACAGCCCAAGGCUCCCCAGUCAAGUACGGGCCCCAAAUUCUCCGACUCCUAGAGGCCGUGCAACUCCCUUUGGAAGUGGCGGUGGUACACUGUAAGGCCCCUCAGAGGGAGGAUCAAGAUGUGACCAGGGGUAAUGCCAGGGCAGAUAGAGAGGCGAACCAUGUUGCCACCCUGACAUCCCCUCAGACUGAGAACACCUCUAUGCGUGCCCUUAUCCCAUCAGUGGGGGAGCUCCCGACCCCUCAGUAUUCUGGGGAGGAGAAACAGCUAACUUACAAACUCG